UUCGUCUUAAGCAUGCUGACAGGCUCCUAAUCCCUUUUGCUUACUUACGAUACAUAUUAAAAUGUUACCCCAUGCGGUUCUGUUUCCGUGUCAAAUCUGCUACUUUUAAUUGCCAACUUUUUUUUGGUCUUUUUUUCCAUAUCAAAUUUUCGUACUUACUGGUGAAGUUUCAUUUGCGCGCGCCGAGACGCAGCUUUGCGCCGCGUCGCGAAGAGUAGAUAAAUGGCAUAUUCUUCCAGCUUAGACCGUGAUGAUGCGACUUCAUUUUCAUGGGCUUCCACUCGGACGGCGGUAGAGCAAGAUCCGUCGCUGCUGUCGUGGGGGAGCGGCAGUCAGCCAUCUGUGCCGUCCAUCGAUGAUGAUGCUCAGACAGAAACUAGGUCGAUCUCGGGGAGCAUUAGAUCAUCAACCAUGUCAAUAGAUUCGAGAUACUUUUUACCAAAUGAUCCUGCAGAACAAGAACGAUUAGAUCUCCAACAUCAACUCUUCACUAUAGCGAUUGGGAAUAAACUUAACAUAACCCCAUUUGCCGAAGACCCUCGACGAGUCUUGGACAUUGCAACAGGAACUGGUAUAUGGGCCAUAGAGUUUGCCGUGCAACACCCCGGAUCCCAAGUCGUGGGGACGGACCUCAGUCCCAUCCAACCGCAAUUCCUGCCCGAGAACUGCACGUUCGAGAUCGACGACGCGGAGGACGAGUGGGCCUUCAGCGAGCCCUUCGACUUCAUCCACGGGCGCGCGCUCAUGUCGUGCUUCAACGACCCGGCCUCGGUCGUGCGCCAGGCGUUCGCGAGCCUGGCGCCGGGCGGCGUGAUGGAGUUCCAGGACGCGCUGUUCCCCAUGAGCUACGUGGGCGACCCGCCGACGGGGUCCGCGCUGUACCGCUGGAACGAGCUCAUGGUCGAGGGCGUGGCGCGGCUCGGCCGCUCCUGGAGCAACGUCAAGAACUACCGCCGCUACUUCGAGGAGGCCGGCUUCGAGGACAUCGUCGAGAAGCGCUUCUACUGGCCCACGAGUCCCUGGGCCAAGGGCCUUUACUUUAAGCUGGUUGCUACUUACUUCCAGGAGGAUAUGCUGGCGGGUAUCGAGGGUAUGAGCUUGAAGGUUUUGGGGGGCCUGGGCAUGUCGACGGAGCAGGUGAGGGGCUUUGUGGAGGAGGUCAAGCGCGAUUUAAGGGAUACGAAUGUGCAUGCUUAUUUGACUGUUACAUACAUAUAUGGACGGAAGCCUGGGCGUACGUCUCGACGAUGACGAAGAUGUACCACUUUGUGUAGUAUAUGGAAAGCAUAUCAAGGCGCUUGUUAUUCCAGCUACGCCGAAACAAUUAUAUCAAAUGUAACUCUGUUUGAAGCAGUUAUCGCGCUACGUUUCGUUGCU